GUGUGUGUUGGUGUGGGAGGAGAGAAACGGCGCGCGUGUGUGAAUUUAUUUAUGAGAAACCGUCUAAACUAAUAUUUUUGCACUAAAUAAUAUUUAAGGGAGCUUUGCUAAAACCACAGGAAAACAGCCCGCUCCCGGAGAAAACAAGACCGUCACCAUGGUUGCCACAAGCACAUUAAAGACCAAAAGCAACGAGUGUAUUUCGGAUUUGGUUGACCGAAGAUAUGACCAGGCUUGCAUUGAGAAAGAACUGGAUUUCUGGGAUUACUGUUUGGCUGAGCCCCAGAGGAAUGCAGAUGUGGCUGAGGACAGAACCUGUCAACAGCUGGCCAAGAUGUUUGAAAACUGCCUGUCUCGAGCCAAGAAGACAACGCUGCACUGCUCCUCUGUGCUGGUACCAGAGAAGCUAACACGGAGAAUAGCUCGUGAAGUCCUGAGGCUGGCAUCUUGUGAGCCCUGUGGCCUACGGGGCUGCGUCCUCUAUGUCCACCUGGAGCUGGACAAGGGCUGCAAGCGGCUCGAACGCAUCGUCUAUGAUGCCACAGUAGUGCCCACAUUUGAGUUGACUCUUGUGUUCAAGCAGGAUGGUACCGCCUGGCCCAGCCUUCGGGACUUCUUCUUUAUGGGUACCUGCUUUGCCCCAACUUUUAGGCACGUACUUAAACUGAGUCCAGGUUUCCGGCUCGUCAAGAAAAAACUGUACUCCUCCUCGGCUGGUACCGUGGUAGAGGAGUGCUGAACUAUGGAAGGGAUUAGUGGGAUAUUGGGUUUCCUGUGGGUAAAUGCACUUCUGCCCAAAUGUAAAUGACACUUCAGUGGUGUCAUAUUUUCUACAGUGUUUUUGUACAAUCUGGUUUGUCAGUUCAGUUAUUGGUAGCCAGUCAGUCCAGUUUGGAACUUGGAUUUAAAUUUCAAAGUUUGUGCAUAAAUGAGCCUGAUAGUUCUAGAUUUGGCUUCAGUGUUUCUAAAAGUGCAUUUUUAUCAGCAAAAUUGUAAUAUCUAUCUUUUUUCUUUUUUUUUUUCUAAUAAGAGCAUUUAAUACUCAAAAACAAAUUUUAAAUUGUACAUUUUGCAGUUGAAUGUAAAACUAUGUUCACAUCAACAUGUUUGAGAGGGACAUACUGUGGGUACACUUUUGUUAAAGACACUAGCCACUUUGUUGAUGCAUCUGCGUGUUUCCAGAUACAUUGAAUGUGUUCAACAGUAAACACACCUAGGCUUGAAUAGGAGACAGAAAUAUAGUCUUUGGGGGCCAUAUGUAGCUAUUUGUUCAGUGCUGUAUAUAGGGCUACAGAUGUUUUUAAGACUGAAUGUUUUGUGAAGAUGCUGCUGUCUUAGUGUGGGCUCCUCACACUAGGAAUGUGGAUGCCUUAAAUGUCAGAAAUUUAUUUUUUUGUUUUGUUUUUUUCACUCAGAUCACAGCUAGGCCUAUGUGUGUGUUUAGUGUAACUGUUUUAUUGCAUUUUUAUUAUUUUUAUACCCCUUCCCCAGACACACCUUUUCAAUGCAGAGCCUUUAUAGAUUAUUAAAAGGAUGGUUCACCAAAAUGUUAAUGCUUUGUUUUUAUGUGUUUUGUUAACUGG